GACACCAAAGUACCGACCCGCAUCGAGUCGCACGCCAACCGCGCGAGUGUUGACCGUCUCAGACGACCGCGCGAUCGUACGCUUGUGGCUUACUCGUAUCAUCGAAAACAACUUCCGCGUUCGAAUCACCACUUUCGCUCCGUAAACAGUCCCAACGAUUCGUGUUUUCAAACAUUACGACGACGUUGCAAAAUUACGGUGGGCCCGGUGUAUGGCCGCUGUUAGCGAGGGGAAUAAGUGUUUGCAAAACGCCACCGUGAUGUCUGAUCAUAAUUAAAGAUUGUAUCACAGACUAUGGGCGUGGGUUUCGGCGCGCGCUGCUGGCUGGCGUUCGCGCUGCUCGCAGUGGUGGUCUCACCAAUUGUAGGGGAUUCAGAAAUAUAUUACGAGAAACAACGCUAUGAUGGCUGGUACAACAACAGAGCGUAUCCUGAUUGGGGAUCGGUCGGCAGUCGACUUACGCGCAAGUCACCUGCGUCGUACGCCGAUGGCGUGUACAUGAUGGCGGGUGCCGACCGCCCUGGGGCUCGAGCACUCUCCAAACUGUUCAUGAAAGGGCCAGAUGGACUUCCUUCGUUGGCCAAUAGAACUGCACUACUUGCUUUUUUUGGGCAAAUUGUGACCGGCGAGAUUGUUAUGGCAUCCGAGUCUGGUUGCCCCAUCGAGCACCAUCGCAUCCCGGUGGAGAAAUGCGACCAUAUGUACGAUGCAGAGUGCCAGGGCGCUAAGUACAUGCCCUUUUUGAGGGCUGCCUACGACCGGAACACCGGACAGAGCCCCAAUAGCCCUAGGGAACAGAUAAACCAAAUGACAUCUUGGAUCGACGGCAGUUUCGUUUACAGCACUAGCGAGGCGUGGGUGAAUGCAAUGAGGUCAUUUCAGAAUGGCAGCCUAGCAAGUGAUGGAGGUAUGCCACUGAAAAAUACCAAGCGUGUACCGCUUUUCAACAAUCCAGUUCCACAUUACAUGAGGAUGCUCAGUCAUGAAAGAUUGUUUCUGCUAGGAGACCCUCGCACAAACCAGAACCCUGCGAUGGUGACCUUCGGCAUAUUGCUGAUGAGGUGGCAUAACGUGGUAGCGGCUCGCGUCCACCGACAACACCCAGACUGGAGCGAUGAACAGCUGUUCCAGAGAGCAAGGAGGAUUGUCAUCGCCAGCUUGCAGAACAUUUUAAUGUACGAAUACGUGCCUGCCUUCCUGGGCGUGCCGAUACCGCCCUACGAGGGUUACAAGGCAGAAGUGGCCCCGGGAGUGACACACGAGUUCGCAGUCGCCGCGUUCCGCUUCGGCCACACAUUGGUACCACCAGCUAUAUUGCUGAGAGACAGAAACUGCAGAUAUGCGAGGGCUCCUGGUGGGCAUGAUGCUAUCAGACUGUGCCAAACGUGGUGGGAUGGAAACGAUGUGGUAUCCCAAGUGCCAAUAGAAGAAAUACUGAUGGGUAUGGCGUCACAACUGUCUGAAAGGGAGGAUGCACUCCUCUGCUCUGAUGUACGGGAUAAUCUAUUUGGACCGAUGGAAUUCUCGAGAAGAGACCUCGGCGCUCUGAACAUUAUGAGGGGUAGAGACAAUGGCCUGCCUGACUAUAAUACUGCCAGAGAAUUUUUUGGCCUACCCAAAGUGAAAACUUUUAACGAGAUAAAUCCACCUCUUUUUGAGAAUAACCCAGAUCUACUUCAGAAGCUGAUACAAGUUUACGAUGGGAGACUCGAUAAUAUUGACGUUUACAUUGGUGGUAUGCUUGAGUCGACUGGUCAUCCGGGUGAAUUAUUCAGAGCCAUAAUUAUGGACCAAUUUACAAGGAUAAGAGAUGCAGACAGAUUUUGGUUUGAAAAUGAGAAAAAUGGAAUUUUUACGCCUGAAGAAAUCGAAAAACUACGACACAUAAAAAUGUGGGAUAUCAUAGUAAAUAGUACAGCCGUUGGCCCGAGGGAUAUACAGAGGGACGUAUUUCAUUGGAGCACUAACGACCCCUGCCCACAACCCUACCAGCUCAAUGCUUCUAAACUGCCGCCUUGCAAGUACCUAAAAGGAUAUGACUAUUUCGAGGGUAAUGAAUUUGCAUACAUCUACACGUGCCUGAUUCUGGCGUUUGUGCCGAUUCUGUGUGCCGGGGCUGGAUACGGUGUCGUCAAAUUACAGAAUAGCCGUCGUCGCCGGCUCAAGAUCCAACAGGAACAUUUAAAGAAUGCGCAUCAUAAAGGAUCAGUGGAUAAAAUGGUGUGCCGGGAAUGGGUCCACGCUUCUUUAAAACGUCUUGUUAAGCUUCGCCUAGGACCAGAACCGGCGCUUCAUGUGAUGGAUCGCAAAGGAGAUAAGUUACGAACCGUUCCACUGGACCAUACCGAACAACUCACUGUUCUGGAAAGCCAGGAAGGACGCACUAAUAAACGGCCCUUGGUGCUGAUCCGCGCGGCGCGAGAGCACGACCUCGUACUAGAGAUGGACUCGGCCGCGUCGCGACGAAAAUUCCUCGUCAAGUUGGAUACCUUCCUUGCGCAGCACAAGAAGGGUCUCAACCUUACUCAGGGCCAUCGUGAUCACAUUUUAGCUACGGCUGAGACCAGAGAAAGAAGACAACGAAAACUGGAACACUUUUUCAGAGAAGCCUAUGCUAUUACGUUUGGUUUAGCGCCAGGAGAGAAGCGAAGAAGAUCCGAGGACGCAGAUCCGGAGUCAAUAGUGAUGAGAACAUCUUUAUCAAAGAGUGAAUUUGCAAGCGCUCUAGGUAUGAAAGCGGACGCUGUGUUUGUUAAGAAAAUGUUUAACAUAGUAGACAAGGAUGGCGAUGGCAGGAUUUCAUUCCAGGAAUUUUUGGAUACAGUAGUAUUAUUUUCCCGCGGCGCUACCGACGACAAAUUGCGUAUCAUAUUCGACAUGUGCGAUAACGACCGUAAUGGCGUCAUCGAUAAAGGCGAGCUCAGUGAAAUGCUUCGAUCCUUAGUAGAAAUUGCCAGGACCACCUCAUUAAGGGACGAACAUGUUACAGAACUAAUAAACGGCAUGUUUUCGGACGCAGGCCUACAGCAUAAAGAUCACCUAACAUAUUCUGACUUCAAAGUUAUGAUGAAGGAGUACAAAGGAGAAUUCGUUGCCAUUGGAUUAGAUUGUAAAGGAGCUAAACAAAACUUUUUGGAUACCUCAACCAACGUCGCGCGUAUGACCAGCUUCCAUAUAGAGCCAUCUAUGGAAUCAUCUAGACACUGGCUCCUUCUAAAAUGGGACUAUUUAACCACGUUCCUGGAAGAGAACAGGCAAAAUAUAUUCUAUCUGUUCGUGUUCUACGUUGUCACCAUCGGCUUGUUCGUGGAAAGAUUCGCUCACUACUCCUUCAUGUCUGAACAUUUAGACUUGAGGCAUAUCAUGGGAGUUGGAAUCGCAAUCACAAGAGGAUCCGCCGCUUCAUUGUCCUUCUGCUAUAGUCUGCUUCUGUUGACGAUGUCGAGAAACUUAUUGACAAAGUUAAAGGAAUUUAGCAUCCAACAAUACAUUCCACUGGAUUCAAGCAUCCAAUUUCACAAAAUAGUUGCUUGCACCGCUUUGUUCUUCUCGCUGCUCCACACCGCGGGACAUAUGGUGAACUUCUACCACGUGUCAACGCAACCUGUUGAGAAUCUGCGUUGUCUUACCAAGGAAGUGCAUUUUACUUCCGACUUCCGUCCCGGCAUCACUUACUGGGUGUUCCAGACAGUUACAGGUGUGAGCGGAGUAUUGUUGUUCAUAAUAAUGUGCAUCAUCUUCGUUUUCGCUCAUCCCACGAUCCGCAAGCGCGCCUACUCUUGGUUCUGGCGUGCGCACACGCUGCACGUCGCCUUGUACGCCUUGUGUCUCGUGCAUGGCUUAGCAAGGCUGACCGGCGCCCCACGCUUUUGGAUCUUCUUCAUUGGACCUGCCAUCAUUUACACCCUAGAUAAGGUGGUUUCACUCAGAACAAAAUAUUUAGCUCUAGAUGUACUAGAGACGGAAAUGCUCCCAUCGGAUGUUAUCAAAAUAAAAUUCUACAGACCACCUAACCUUAAGUAUUUGUCGGGUCAGUGGGUUCGUUUAGCGUGUACGGCAUUCAAAAAGGAGGAGUUUCACUCCUUCACUCUGACAUCAGCCCCUCACGAGAAUUUCCUCUCAUGUCACAUCAAGGCUCAAGGGCCGUGGACUUGGAAGCUUAGGAACUACUUUGACCCUUGCAAUUAUAAUCCUGAAGACCAGCCACAAAUCAGGAUCCAAGGUCCGUUCGGCGGUGGCAAUCAGGAUUGGUACAAGUUUGAGGUCGCAGUGAUGGUGGGAGGGGGUAUCGGCGUCACGCCGUACGCGUCCAUCCUCAACGACCUCGUAUUCGGCACCUCCACUAACAGAUACUCUGGCGUUGCUUGUAAGAAGGUGUAUUUCCUAUGGAUAUGUCCAUCGCACAAACAUUUCGAGUGGUUCAUAGACGUACUUCGCGAUGUGGAGCGUAAAGACGUCACCAACGUUCUCGAGAUACACAUCUUCAUCACGCAGUUUUUCCACAAAUUCGACCUCAGAACAACAAUGCUGUACAUCUGCGAGAAUCACUUCCAACGACUUUCUCGUACCUCCAUGUUCACGGGACUGAAGGCCGUGAAUCACUUUGGUCGCCCUGAUAUGUCGUCGUUCCUUAAAUUCGUGCAGAAGAAGCACAGCUAUGUCUCUAAAAUUGGCGUUUUCUCGUGCGGUCCAAGGCCGCUCACCAAGUCCAUCAUGUCAGCGUGCGAGCAAGUCAACAGGACCCGCCGGCUGCCCUACUUCAUACACCACUUCGAGAACUUCGGAUAGAACAAUUCAUAUUACUACAACAAUACCAUCACCAUCGUUUACCAUAUUGUUACCUGUCCCAUAUGAGUUAUCAAUCAUAUUAUCUCUUUCGUCUAAAUAUUUAUUACCAUCACUUUUGGUGUUUAGUUCUAUGAACAAAAUUAUGAUUUACUAAUCAUCAUUUUGUUAGCAUUAAAAUUAACAGUUUUAAAAUUAUCGUUCAUAUCAAAAACGUAAGCAGAAAGUUUACGGAUGAAUAAGUUAGUUUAUGAACCUUAAUCUAUCAAUGUUUUGCAAUAAACAAGUUCCAUUUAUUCAUUUUUUUUUUGGUUAUUUAGUCAUUAAUUAUGUUACCAAUAGUGACUUUUAGUAAAAUUGUUUCAAUUUAUGAUAGGUGAUAGGACUGAUGAUCAAUUUAUGGCAUGUAUUUGCCUACACCGAGUAAGAAUUGUAAUUAAUCAACGAGGAGCAUUCAUAAAAUAUUUUUCGUUGCAAUGAUAUUAGAACAAAUAUUGUCAAUGAAAAAAAAAUGAGUUUUUAAUUUGUACUUGUAUGUUUUUGUAAAUUAUUUUUACUUUAAUAAUUUUGUAUUUUUUUCAUAUUCACUGCAGUUUUUAGUACAAAUACAUCAACUAGGCAUUUCAAUGUACAAACCUAUUUGGUUUUUUCGAAUUUGUAUAUUAAGUGGAAAUUAACCAAAUACUCAUUGCGAUCUAAACCACGUUCAAAACAAUUGUAUUUAUAUUAAUUUUACAUUUAUUAAGAAUAAAAUUAUUGUGUAAAUAUAAUGUAAAAAUAUAGACAAUUGGCUAGUAUAAUUUUACGAUCGAGUUUUUAUUAAUAUUACUUGUAAAUAGGUAUUUAAUAAAUUUUGUUCCAAUU